UAGUUGUCUACGUCACUCGGGCCCACUCGACAGAAUCCGCAGCGGCAGCGAAGAGCGAACUCAAUGGCGCUUCGCGUGGUGGAGCUCCGGCGACGACUCCUCCCCCGCAUCGGCGGCGGCGAGGCAGCCCUCCCUACUCUCGCGUGGCGCGGCCGGCCGGCGAGCACCGCAGCCCCGUCGGACGACGAGCUCGCGGGGAAGAGCGCCUACGAGGUCCUCGGGGUCGGGGAGACCAGUUCCAACGCCGAGAUCAAGGCCUCCUUCCACCGCCUCGCGAAGGAGACCCACCCAGACGUCGCCGCCGCCGCCGGUUCCCGACGCUUCCUUCAGAUCCUCGCAGCCUACGAGAUCCUAUCGGAUUCGCAGAGAAGGGCUCACUACGAUAGCUACCUCCGAUCGCAGAGGCGAGUUGUGCACAUGCAUCCUAGGCCAUCUCAGUUUGUCUAUCCAAGUGGUUCAGGCUCAGGCAUUGUGGUACCUAGACAGAGCAAUGUUGUUGAGUGGCUGAAAUGGUAUAGACUUACCAUUGAUGACAUUGUUACCAAGAAGCGGUUUGCCACCGGCUCAGGUUAUUUUGAUAGGCUUGAAAGUGAACUGUACACAGCAAUCCACGCUGCAUACUAUGGCCCUGAUGUUGAGACCAUGGAUGUCCUUCCUGAUUGCUUUGAAGCGGAAGAGAGGUCUGUGUAUGAGACGUCUGAGCUAUUGCACAUUGUAUCUGGCCGUGAUCUGUUUGGUAUUGUUAGUGUGGCUGAUAGUGUCAAGGAGCUGUCAUAUGCUUGUCAUGAGAAGCUGACACAGUCUGGUUUUAGAGCUUCUGGGUUUACUCCAAAUGUUUCAAGAAACGCGAAUAAAGAUCCAGCGUCGAUGAAUCCUGUUGAUAUCCACAAGAAAGAAAAGGGGCAUGAAGAUGAUAUUCUUUCAUCGGAUGCCUUCAAGGAUAUUGAGUUGCGCAUAUGUGGGAAAGUAGUGGCAACUGCAACUAGGAGCCCAAAGUGCAAUUGCAUUGACAAUUCGGAUGUGGAAGAUCACAUUCAUGUAUAUCUUGUUCCUAAUGCGGAUGCAUCUGAUUUAAUGCAAGAGCAUCUUCUCCUAGGCACAAUUACUGGGUUAGCCACCACUGGGGAGGAAGGAUCUUGCUGUGUCUAUGAUGGCCGUGGCAUAAAGACGCACGUAAUUAUGAAACACAGGACAUUGAUGGUUAAACACAUGCACUGGUAUCAAGUUGGAGAUAAAGUUUCACCCUGUGAGUGCCGAUGUAGUAGGGCUCGGUUGCCACCUAGCAGGUAUUGGCUCUUUGAGCCUCGUUGUUACAUGCAUGACAUUGGUGGGUGGUAUAUUGAGACAUAUGGGAGAGACAAGAAAGGGAGGACAAUUCCAUCUCAGAGACAGUGGGAUGGCUUAAAUGAACAUUCUGAAAAGAGAUUGCAUCCAGCAAUGUACCUUGUCGCUCUUGCUUACAGAUCUUUGGAUCUUGAAGAUGCUAGAAGAGGACAAUGGAACAUGAGCAACUUCCUGCAAUUGCCGCUAUCUCACAUUCUUCAGUUGUUAAAAAAAAUUGUAAAUGGGGAGAAGGGGAUUGGCAUGAGGACACCAUGACAUUAGUUGUUUGUGGAAUCACCAUCUUGCUUUAACAACUUGCCUGAAGCUGUGGUGUCACCCCGUUUCAUCCUAUCUUCGAGCAGCUGUUUGUCAGUGUUGCACUGUACAGUGUGUUAGGAAAUAAUGCAGCUUUCUUGAAAUGAUAACUGAAAGGACAUAUGUCUGAGGCUGCUGUGGUGCUGCCCAUUGAAUAGAGAGCAUGAUGGCAUUGUUUGUGGAUCGUGCGAUGAAAUAGCUGAUAUGAUGCUUAAGGGAGUUUGUGAGAACCAAUUCAUAUUGAUUUUACAUUGGAUCAAUAAAACAGGAGGUUGCACCUGCUAAAUUUGAGCAUAUAGGUCAUGAAGUUGCCAAGCUGGCAUCCACAUGUUCAGGUUUUGAUUGAUGAAAAUCGCACUCUUAACUGUGUACAUUUCUCCGCGCUGGGCUGCAAGUCUACAACUACAGGUCUGUUUGGUCUGUCGCCACCUGAAGCUGCUCUAUGCCUCCAGGCUCCAGCAAUGUGCUAGCUAUGGCUUUGCGAAACAAGAACAUGAGUUUUUUUUCUUCUAAUACUGCGUUGAGGGAUACAGGAAUCAUGGAAAAGAAAAUAGUGAACCAAUAAGAUAUUUUAUGAAGAUCUCACCGAUGUAGUUGAAACCUUUCCUUUGUAACCAUUUCUUUAGAUGCGUUUGUAAGCAUUUGGACUACUGAAACCAAGACUAUGACUUACGAGUCAGUUAUCUGUCUUGGUAACCAUACCUUGUCUGUUGAUCCUCGUCAAUUUGUUAAUUUACCACUGCAGUAACUGGGCAUGUUCGCACCCCACCCAUGUCGUAUUGCAAGCUGUAUUUGGCAUGUUCCAUCCGUGUUUAUGUAAUACUGGUUGUCCAAGCUCCCUUUACAAAUAUAAAUUACAUUUUUUAGUUUACAAGUUAA